AUGUUAAUAAUUCAUCUUGCUCUUGUAUAUUCGCUGAUUGCAGUUGUAUUUGCCAAUACCGAAAAGGCAAUAUUUUUAGGACCACCUACAGCUAGUAUCCCCUUUUCCCAUCCGACCCUGGGCGACUUACACGUCGAUACCCUCACACCUACUAAUGGGGCAAUACGGACCCAUGUCGAGGCCCAAUUUCCCAAUAUCUCGUUGCCGCAUGGCAGAGCUACUUGGCUCGUUCUAGAUGAGCUGACUGAGGGUCAGCGUUACGAAAUAAGAGUAUGCUGGGCUGCAACCCAACCCACCGAGUUUAGAGUCGUCACCUAUGGGCUACAAACCCUUCUUGAGACCCCAGAACUAUUAUCUGGGCUCUCAGGGUACUCACAGUUCCGUCGGUAUCUAGAUAACAAUCCUAGAUCUCAAUCUAGGUCCACCGGAGGCGGCCAAGCACUAAGAUCUGAGAGAAAGACAUCAGUCCUUUUCCUCCAAAUUUUAGCAGCGGCAGAUUACUACACAAUGAACAAGACGCUGAUGAGAGAUGUUCCGCCGGUUCAUGUGGAUAUCAUUCUCGAUCCCUUUGUCUUCGGUUUACUUCCUCGUUCACUAUUACCAACUGUGGGCUAUGUUGUUGUGGUAGCCAUUGUAUCGUGGUUUAUCGCGCAAUAUAUCUCAGUACGCAUUCGCAGUCUAGCAGCAGAAACAACUCCCGAGAAGAAAAUUCAGUGA